AUGGUUCAGGAGGGUGGAGACCAGAGUGAGGAAGAACCCGGGCCGGGGAUGAGCCGGGCAGGUGGAAUGAGACCUCCGUGGAGCCAGGAGAGAUCUCCAGAAGAAAGGCUGCCCACUGCCACUGAACCUGGCGGACAGUGGUCCGUGGUCAGGCGGGUGCUAACGGCUGGCCUGCUUUUCAGUGGGCUCCUUGGUUUCUCUGUGCUUUUGGUCUACAUCUUCCGGAGCUGUGGCCCUAGCCCCUGUAAGACUCCUGUGUGUUGGGAUCUCCUGGCUCGUUACCUGGCCUCUGGAAACACCAGUGUGGCCCCCUGCACCGAUUUCUUCAGUUUUGCCUGCGGACAGGCCAAAGGGACCGAUUACUCCUUCCAGGCUCUUGCCGAGGAGAACAAAAGCCGACUUCGGAGAAUACUGGAAGCCCCAGGUUCCUGGCACCUGGGCUCUGGGGAGGAGAAAGCCUUCCAGUUCUACAGCUCCUGCAUGGACGCAGAUGCCAUCGAGGCUGCUGGGGCUGCCCCCCUCAGACAAGUCAUUGAGGAGCUCGGAGGCUGGCGAAUCUCCGGUAAUUGGACUUCCUUAGACUUUAACCGAACUCUGAGACUUCUGAUGAGUCAGUAUGGUUAUUUUCCAUUCUUCAGAGCCUAUCUGCGACCUCGUCCAACCCCUCCAUACACGCCAGUCAUCCAGAUAGACCAGCCAGAGUUUGAUGUUCCCCUCAAGCAAGAGCAGGAACAGAAGAUCUACGCUCAGAUUGUGCGGGAAUACGUGACUUAUCUGAACCAGCUGGGAACCUUGCUGGGAGGAGAACCAAACAAGGUGCAAGAACAUGCCUUCCUGUCCAUCUCCAUUACCUCGCAGCUGUUUCAGUUUCUGAGGCCCCUGGAGCAGCGGCGGGCACAGGGAAAGCUCUUCCAGAUGGUCACCAUUGACCAGCUGCAGGAAAUGGCCCCCGCCAUCGACUGGCUGUCCUGCUUGCAAGCGACGUUCACGCCAAUGCCCUUGAGCCCCUCCCAGCUCCUCUUGGUCCAUGACCUGGAAUAUUUGAAAAACAUGUCUCAACUGGUGGAAGAGCAGCUGUCGAAACACAGAGACUUUCUGCAGAGCCACAUGAUCUUGGGGCUGGUGAGGACCCUUUCUCCAGCCCUGGACAGUAAAUUCCAGGAGGCACGCAGAUCGUUGAUCCAGAAACUGGGGGAGCUGACCGAAAGACCACCCAUGCCUUCCCGCCCUCGAUGGAUGAAGUGUGUGGAGGAGACAGGAACCUUCUUCGAGCCUACGCUGGCAGCCUUGUUUGUCCGUGAGGCCUUCAGCCCGAGCACCCAAAGUGCUGCCAUGGAACUAUUCACUGCGAUCAAGAAUGCCCUCAUCAGCCGCCUCAGAAGGAUUCCCUGGAUGGAUGAGAAGACCCAGAAAGAGGCCCAGAACAGGGUCACCCAACUGCAGGUGAAGAUGGGGGCCCCAGAAUGGGCCCUGGAGCCAUCACUGGCCAGACAGGAAUACAACGAUAUACAGCUUGGACCCAGCUACCUACAGUCCUUCCUGAGCUGUGUCCGAUCCCUCCGAGCUAGAAUUGUCCAGAGCUUCUUGCAGUCUUUCCCCUACCACAGGUGGCAGGUGUCCCCCUGGGGGGUCAAUGCUUAUUAUUCAAUACCUGACCAUGUGGUGGUCUUCCCAGCUGGACUCCUCCAACCACCAUUCUUCCACCCUGGCUACCCCAGAGCCGUGAACUUUGGCGCUGCUGGCAGCAUUAUGGCCCAUGAGCUGUUGCACAUCUUCUACCAGCUCUUACUCCCUGGGGGCUGCCCAGCCUGUGACACCCGUGCCCUACAGGGGGCGCUGCUGUGCCUGACACAUCACUAUGAGACCAUUCCGUUACCCAGUGGAACCUCCUUCAAUGGCUCUCGGACGUUCCUGGAGAAUGCUGCAGACAUGGGGGGGCUGGCCAUUGCACUACAGGCAUACAGCAAGAGGCUGUUAUGGAACCACGGGGAGACCAUCCUGCCGAACCUGGGCCUCAGUCCUCAGCAACUCUUCUUCCGAAGCUAUGCCCAGGUGAUGUGUAGGGAGCCUGGCACCCAGGAGCCCCAGGAUCCUCACAGCCCGCCCACCCUUCGAGUCCACGGGCCCCUCAGCAACACCCCAGCCUUUGCCAGACAUUUCCACUGUCCACAGGGUGCCCUCAUGAAUCCCUCCAGCCACUGCCAACUCUGGUAA